AUGCCAAUGGACUCCGUUGAGUGGCUGGCGAAGCUGGUGGCCUUCGACACCACGAGCCGCAACUCGAACCUCGAGCUCAUCGAGUGCAUCCGCAAGUACCUGGUGGAAGAGUGCGGCCUGCAGAAGGUGCUGGUGCAGCGGGCACCCGACGGCAUCCACGCGAACCUGUGGGCGACGCUGCCGGGGGAGGGCGGCGCCACGGAGGGCGGCAUCCUUCUCUGCGGCCACACCGACGUGGUGCCGGUGGACGGGCAGGAGUGGGACAGCGACCCGUUCACGCUGACGGAGAGGGACGGGAAGUUGUACGGGCGCGGGACUUGCGACAUGAAGGGCUUCGUCGCCGUCUGCAUGGCGCUCACCCCCGAGCUGCUGAAGAUGAAGCGGGCGAAGCCGAUCCACUUUGCCUGGACGUACAACGAGGAGACCGACUUUGCGGGGGUGCGGCAGCUGGUGAAAGACGCCGGCAUCCCCGUGGGCACUGCGGAGGGCUGCAUCAUUGGCGAGCCCACGGGAUUCGACUUCGUCAUGGGGCACAAGGGCAUCAAGACAAACGUCAUUCACGUGCGCGGCAAGGCGAUGCACUCGUCCCUGUUGCCCUACGCCUGCAACGCCGUUGAGCAUGGAGCCGACAUUGUGCGGUUUCUGCGCGACCUGGGGCAGGAGUUCUGUGAGAAAGGCCCCUUCCAAAAGGGACACGCCGUCCCGUACACCACUGUGUGCCCCUCCAUCAUUCAUGGCGGUAUCGCCAUGAACACGGUGCCGGCGGAUUGCUACGUCACGUUCGAAUUUCGUUACAUUCCCAACCACUCCGGGGACGAGAUCCAGAGGCGCGUCGCGGACUUUGUCGCUGCGACGUCGCAGAAGAUGAAGGAGGUGGACGCCUCCUGCGGCGUGGAGAUGCGCUGCACGAACGCGCAGAACCCCUUCAAGGGGCGCGACAAAUCUUUUGUGUAUGAAGCACUAAAGGCCGCCAGCGAGGAGCCGCGCGAGCCGGCGUACCUGGCCGGCUGCACGGAGGCCCCCGACUACAGUAUGCGUGGUGUUGACACCGUCGUAUGGGGCCCCGCCGGCGACUGCGCGCAUCAGCCGAACGAGUUUGUGCCGUUGGCGGACUUGAAGAAGAUGGAACGCAUCCUUUUAAGGGCGUUGCCCCCAUUAACCGGUGCGGCAGUUGGUAGCCAACUGUGA